AUGCGCCGCCUGGUGACCGUCGCUCCUCUGCCGGGUGCGUCCGAGGCCGGCAAGAGCGCCAACUCGACCAGAUAUUCCGCCUACACGCCCUACGCAGACGAGGAAUUGACGGCAAGUAUCAAGGCCGAGCACCUGCAACCCGAGCUUGAAUCUCUCUUCUUCAAGUACUACGAGGUCAAGCCGCCCUACUACGUCCCGCCGCCGCCUUUCUCGUUCGAUCCGUCGGUGGGUCCACCCGAGGUCGUGGGAGAGCCGACCAUCGAGGAGAAGCAGGAGAGAGAGACAUACCGAGGUUGGCUGGAUGUUGAGCGCCGCGCGCGUCUCAUCAAGAUGAUGGAGGAGGGGGAGGAGCUGGCUCAGCAACACAGCAUGCGAGUGAGGGAGAAGGAACAGCGAGAGCUGGAGCGGCUUUUGGGGUUCCCACAAGACGCUGAGCAUUGGGCCAAGCUUUCAGCAGAAUUGGAGUCCCUGGAUGGUUCGCCUCAUUGA